AUGUCGCACGAGUUUUUCACUGCUGGCGUCUUCUAUUACGCCGAUCGUGAGUUCAAACGCGUCUCCAACUACAUCGGCACGAUUGUCGUUAAGCCGGCUCAAGUGGAUCAUUUCAUUGAGGUUGACGAGCACGGCCUGACACCUGACCUCAUUAAGACUUCGUUGGGAGAUAGAGUCUGGUUUGCUUGGCUGACCGAACCAAGCCGCAAGAAAAGCCGCUUCAAUUACGACAACGACGACGAUGAUGACGACAGACGUUAUGGUAAUGACGACGACGAUGGUGUUAAUGAUGAUGAUGAUGGUAGUGGUGGCGGUGCUGAUAAUAGUAGAAGGUUAAGAAGAAGCGAUUUGGGUAAAUUUAUCUUCGAGCUGGAGCGAACAGUCACGGGGGAUGCCCAGAAGUCUGCCACUGAAGAAUUGGGCAGGGAGUUUCGGGACCCGGACCUCGCUUGGCUAAAGUACGAAGUGGGAUUAGAAUUAGCAACGUCUAAUCAGAUUGGAGUCUACCACCACCAUCAUAGUAUUUCAAAGUGGACGAGUUCAUUUUUGUGUGGAGGGGGGUCCAGGAACCACACAAUAACGCUGACUGACGGUGCGUUCGAACCCAGGUACCUCAAAGCCUACCUGAAUGAUAGGGUCCACGAAGUAAAAAUAGCCACGCCCCCCCGUGAAAUUGAAAAUGACCCCGUCCUGAUUUCGACCAAUGACAUCGUCGCCUGGACUUUUUCCGGGUCACUGACAUCAUUUGACGUUCAGAGGGUGGCAACUUUUGAUGACGUCAUCAAUGCGCAGAUGAUACCGGCUGACGUAGUUCCGAGAAAAUGCGUGUGUAGAGGUUUAGACAUGGCUGGCACCUACCAUUUCGCCAGCAAGUCGUUCGUCGAUCCCACUAAUCAAUCGGUUCUGCCGGAAGAUCAGAUAGUGAGUUCCGUGCUGGCUGACGAAAGCGAAGAUGCCGUCAUAAUAAGAUUGGAGGAUGACGACGGAUUCCACCCUGAUUUCAUAACCCUUCCGGAAGAUGAUUUCGUUAUCUUUGAUUGGAAAAACUCGAAGAUCGCUCACAACAUCGUCCUAUUGAAUUCAAAAGGGGGUUUCAUGGAGAAAAAACUAACACACAGCAACAAAAACUACAACGAUGACGACGACAACGACGGCGGUAAUGAUGAUGAUACUUUCAAAGUCAUACAUUCUGGUAAACCGGAAAAGGGUAGUUCGUUCGUGCACUACUUCGAUAUAUCCGGCGAGUUCCGAUUAUCGUCGGUCGGUUACGAUCCGAAUAUUCACCACUGCACCGUAAACGUUGUUAAGAACGCCAAGCAGACUCCAACCCCAACCAUUCGGAACUACACGAACACGAAACUCAAAGUACCCCAAGGUCACGUGGUCUAUCUCAGAGGUUAUAGCAGUGAUACCGGAAAGAGCCACGGUAAUGAUGAUGAUGAUGAUGAUGAUGAUUGCGGAAAAGGAAGUAGUAGUAAUGAUCCUGGACCGGCUAUUUAUUAUACUGUUGACGGGACACUGCCCUAUCUACAUCGUCCUGGGGUCAAGACGCCCAUUAAAAAAGGAUUGGAUGAGAAAGAAAUAAAAUUUCGGAUUAAAUCCCAUUUCAUCCGUCCUGGAAUUUUAAAAAUUUCAUGGAAUGCCGAACGAUUUUGUCAUCUUUUGGCCGGUUUUGAACUAAAAGUAAACGACGUGUCUUACGGAUAUCUGAUCCAGCCAACUACAAACGAGCUAGAGGUAAGUGGUUUGACGUCGCUUGGCGUUUACCGGGUUCAAAUGCACGCUCACCCCUUGAAUACGAUCAAUGGAGGGAGUGAUAAUAGCAAUGCUCUGCCUGAUCCUAUUGAAUCAAAUGUCCUGACGGUGAAAUGUCGGUAUCGAGUUGCCGAGACUGGCGGUCCACUGGUCCAUCUCCUAGCCACGCCCAGUCCCGAUUCUGCCCUCGUCUGCUGGCGAAAUAUUUCAAAAGUGAACUUAAAUACCAAAUCUAAAAAUAGCAGUGACCCCAAAAAUAAGGUCAACGACCCGAAGAUUAAGGUCAUAGGUUACCAAGUCUAUCUAGACGGCGUUCCUUACGGUAACAUGAUAGCUACUGAGAGUUCAUCGUUCUGCAUCUUAUUGGACGGAUGCAUCAGAGCGCAUACAACACAUCGCGUAUCUGUACAGGCCGUUACUGAUGAUCCGUCAACAUCUCUCCUAUCAAACCAAAUCAUAAUAUCGUCGCCUGCAAAUGAUAACUCGAUGAAAGUCAUCGCCAGAAGUACUGAUAACGAUCCGAACGACUGCGGUGAUGAUGUCAAAGAGGAUGAAGAAGAUGAUGAUGACGACGAGAAUGGAGACGAUGAUGAUGAUGAGAAAAUGUUCUUCGGAAAAGACGAAUAUAAAAACUUAAUCAACGUAUUUGAGAAUGGAAUUACAGCCAACCAAUGCGAUCAGGUAUAUGAUCACAUCAAUUACAUCAACAACAACAACAACAAUAAUAAUAAUAAUAAUAACAAUAAUAAUAUUUAUGAUUAUAUUAAUAUUAAUAAUUACAAUGAUAAUGACGUUAACAUUGCCAACAUUCCCUCUAAUGACAUCAACAAAGACAUCAAUAACAACGACUUCAUCUACGAUAAUAACAGCAACAACAUUAACAACAAUAGUAACAACAACAACAAUAGUAACAACAACAACAACAACAGCAUUAUAUAUAAUAAUGACAAUAAUGAUAACAGCAAUGUUGAUACCGUCUUUAAUACUCUUGAAAAUGUGAUCGCCUACGGAGGUAAUGAUAUCAUCUAUAGCGAAAACAACAACAACAACAACAUUAAUAAUAACAAUAAUAAUAAUACACUUUAUGACGUCAUUGUUGAAAACAACAACAACAACAUUACAGACAAUAACAACAACAACAGCAUUAAUAUUGGCGUACCAAACGACGAUUACAUUAACGCAGACAACAACAACAACAACUACUACAACGACAUCAACAACUACGACAUCAAUAGCGAUAACAUUAACUACAACAACAACAACACUUGCGCCAUCGUCAACAACACCUAUGGUAUUAUAAAUAAUUCUAUUAGUGGCGAAAUAUUGCCAAAAGCAUACAUCAGCGAAUCACAAAACAACAACAAUAACAACAAUAUCAGGAAAAACAUAAACAACAACAACAGCUUGUUUUACGCUAACAACAAUAGGUAUAUAGACAGUUACAAUGCUAACAACAACACCAAUAAUAAUAUUAUUAAUUAUAAUAAUAAUAAUUAUCUGCCAAACAACAAUAAUACUAACAAAUACAUUAAUGAUUCUUAUAACAAUAACAUCAACAACAAUAUCAUUGAUAAUAAUAAUAAUAAUGUUUUUUACGACAACAACAACAGCAGCAACAACAGCAACAACAUUAAUAACGUUAUUAGCGCCGUUCAUCACAGAACUUUACUGGACAACACUUCCAACUUGCAACAAUCAUUCGAAUCAAUCAUCACAUCACAAACAUCGACAUACAACUACAACGGCCACAACUACGACGGUCACAACUACAACGGCCACAACUACAACGGCCACAACUACAACAGCAACAACUACAACGGCCACAACUACAACGGCUACNACAACAGCAGCCAAAACAACUGCAACAGCCACAACAGCCACAACAACCACAACGACAAUAGUGACAGUAAUCUACAAACGUCGAAAAUACUUUUGUCAAACUCGCGGCAAAAAAAUUCAAAAAGCGAACGACUGCCACCAAAAGCGAUUCGAUCGUCAUAUCGUAUCGGAUAUAACGAUACCGAUAACGAUACCGAUAACGGUACCAUCAACAACAACAACAAUAACAAUAAUAAAUACAAUUAUAACAUCGGUGGUUAUAGUAGUCGAAUCAAUUCUAGAACAUUCCACAGAUCAAAGAUCAUAAAUAGGUGCGUCGAACAUUCUAAAGGCUGUCCGGGCGACGAGGGCAGUAGUUUACAGUACAGAAGUUGUGAUAGCGGUAAUAGCAUUACCGGUAAGACGGGCCAGAGUUUUAGAGUGCCAUUUGUAAUUGUAACCGGCCGAGCAAGCAGACGAAGGAAAGAAGGCCUAUCUGACAUAAGAAAACUCAACAAAACGAAAGCAAAACGCGCCAGAGAUGACGACAACACUAGCGACAACAACAACAACGACGACGAUGAUGAUGAUGAUGAUGAGGAUGAUGACAAACAUGAUAAUGAUGACGACGGAACGAGAGAAAGAAGGAGAAAAAGAAUGAAAAAAUUACGGAAAAACAACGCCAUCUGCGCAACUCUAAUGACUUCAGAGAAUCCAGACGAUGAUGAUAAUGAUGCCGAGACUGAGAUUAGUGGUUUUUCCGCGGCCCGUUUGAAAGUGGAAGAAAGAGAAAAUGGAGCCAUCUUUGUUUCAUGGGUCUUUAGAGAAAAAGUUGGAAAAAAUUUCCGCAGAACUUGCAACAGCAUCAAUGUUGCCGGGCCAAAAUUCGGGAAAAAGGUCAACAGCAAUUUGAGCUUCGAAUGCUUCCUGGAGAAUGAUGACCGCUCAGACGUUUUAGCCUCAGUCCAACACGUCUGGAACGUUGACGAAAAAAGCGGAAAUAGUAAUAGUAGUGGUAUUGGUGGUAGUGGCGGUUGUUGUUUGAUUCAAGGUUUGAUUGAUGGAGUGACUUACAAAAUUCACGUGGUUAGCACGUACGAGAAGUUAGGCGUCAACAAAUCACAAGAAGUGCAGAUGACGUCACCGUCUGUGACCUUCAAAUAUGGGUCAGGCGAUUCGAAGUUUCAAGGUCAAUCAAAGUUUAAGAUCGUCUGCGAUGAACCGAACAAGGUCACAUUUAAAUGGAACAAAGCAAAAAUUAAGCCAAGCGAUAUCGUUGGCUAUCAAAUAAUGGCAGACGAGAAACCAAUCGGCGACCUACUUCCAGCAGACUUGACAGAAAUAACCCUGGAUAAGUUACUCGCCGGAAGUUCGGUGUUAGUGAAGGUCGUUCCAGUGGCUAAGUCAGGGGUCAAAGUCGUUGACCUUGAACCCGUGAAAGUCACGUGCGCCAAAAAGCCCAGAACGCCCAGAAUUUCUGAACAGCCAUCUUUUAAAGAAGGAGCGAUUGUGAUUGGCUGGAGUAAUUUAGAGUUUGCCGGAAGCAGAAAAAAUGGCGGUGAUGACGGUGAAGGAGAUGAUGAUUAUGAUGACGAUGGAGGAUUGGUGGAUGAUGAUAAUGAUAUCGAUCAUUUCAGAAUCUACGUAAACAACAAGAUGAGAGACAGGGUCGACGUCAGUUCAGCUGGUAACAAGAAAGGUUACCAGUACACGUUCACCGGUUUGACCCCGGGUCAAACGUUCGAUGUCAAUGUCAAGUCUUGUACGAAGGUACAUCAGCAGAAGCAGCAGCAACUGACACCAACGACAACAAUACACUGCGCCAGUGAGAGCGAUCCGUCAAACACCCUGACCAUUUCUGCCCCAACCCCUCCGGAAUCAUCUUACCUCAGGGUAGAAAACAUGGAUCAUAGAGGGAUCCUGCUGGCUUGGGAUAAAGAGGAAGAGGAUAAAGAUGGUGUGGAUGUUAUGGGUUUCAAACUUUUGAAAAAUGGCAAAGCCUACGGAUCUACCCUCCCCAAGACAUCGCGAUCUCUCCUAAUUAAGCAUUUAAAAAUCGGUGAAAAGAUGACGCUGCAGCUGCUGACUCUGACGUCACAGCAACAACAACAACAUCAACAACAACAACAACAUCGUCAACAACAACAACAAAAUUUGGCGGGAAAAUUGUUACAUCGUCGUCGUUCAUCGUCCGUAUCAUCGUCAUCAGGAUCUCUAGCUAAUGAUGGAAAGACAGUAACCUUGAAAGGGGUAAAGUUGGUGGUCACAUACACGGGUUUCGUGCGACCGCCAAAACACGUAGAGGCCCGCGAUGUUACUGGAAAUUCGGCCCUUGUAACUUGGGCAUUGGACGAUGACGUCACCGACUCACGUGACAACAACAACAACAACAAUCACUACAUCGAUCCCGAAACAUUCCUAGUUACCUGGUGGCCCGGAAACAAAGCGGAAACCGGAAUCAACAGCAAAACCUCUCCAGAUACAUGCAUGCAACUGACAGACCUAAGUCCUGGCAAAACUUACACUGUUGUCGUUGAAUCCAGAUUAAUUCAUCCGUACCUUGAAAUCAAUCCAGAAACGGGCGAAGAGAAGAAACGAAGUUUCAUCAUGACGUCAGCGUCAGAUCACGUGACUAUCGCGACGUCAUCUUACCCUGUUUCCGGCCCUGAAAACCUCUGCGUAGCCUCUACGACAUGCGACUCCAUUCUGGUUACAUGGGAGCCCGGAAGCGGAAACAGUAGCAGUCGAACUUCCGGUGCAAAAAUACUGGGAUACAGGGUAGAUGUAAUCCCGAAAAGUUUCCUGAAGCUUCUGAAAUGGAAACAAUCCGACCGAUUCAAGCAAUCCGACCGGCCGAUCUACGAUCAAUUAAGAACCGUCGACUUAUCAAAGAAAUCGAACAGCGCGACAAUUGACGGUCUUACCGAAAAUACCGAAUACUGCGUUACCGUAACCGCCAUUACUCGCGAGUAUUUUGAACAACUGGGUCAAAGUUCAAACAAAAUCAAGUCAAUACCGGCAGAUGAACCCGCCCCUGAAAGCAAAUGGCUGCCGAGAUCCACUGUCUUCUGUUCCACAUCUGGAACUGGCGCGCCUGACGACUUGAAAAUGACGUCAUCCGGCCUGGACUGCAUCUCGUUGUCGUGGCGAGCAGCACGAGUCAGCGGCUCAAAUCGAUUGGUGGAAACGAGAGUCAAGUGGGUCAAAGUGAGAAGUUCCGGAAGUAAAUCGCGAUAUGACGACGAUGUUAGAGGUCACGAAAAGGUCAUUCAGGGGUCAAGUUCUCAUGCGACUAUCUAUGGACUCGAUCCAGGAGAGACAUACCGAUUCUCAGUGGAAGCGGUAGUGAGCAAGAAAACAUCGGUACGAGACGGUUUGGAACCGACCGACCUAGAAUGGGAAUCGAAGCACAGGAUGCAGUCAAAAUUAUUCUCGAAACCGAUAUUCGCUCGAACGAAAGCACCCUGCCCACCACCAUUGCCCCUCAUGACGUCAUUCACGAGUAACAGUUGUGAUCUUUGUUGGCAGAAACCGGAAAUGCUCUUAGUUUACCGGAAGAAGGUAGGAGGGAACAGGAAAGAAGAUCAUAAAAAUGGCGGCCUUAAAAAAUCAAAUAAAAAAACUGAACUAAAUCGUAACAGUGGCUACGAAAAUGGUGACGAUGAUGACGCUUAUAAAUACGAUGAUGAUGACGACGACGACUCUGUGAAAAACCACAUCGAAAAAAUAACAACCAGAAAACAACAGCGCAAACAAGUAAACAACGAGAAUGACGUCAUAAGACGCGUCAAACUCCACUUACUCGGCUACCGGUUAGACGUGAACGGCCAGCCACACAUGCGGCUGUCGCCACUGACGCAAAGUUGUACUCUGGUUAAGUGCAAGCCGUCCAAGAAGUACAAAAUUGUGCUCUGUGCUGUCACUUGUCCAUUGAACGUAUUCAAAAUGAGGAAAAAGAUGGAAAUUAAGCAAUCCAAAAGCGUCUUUGACAGUGACUCCCCUGCUUUUGAAGAUUGGAAGGAUCUGACUGGCGACGAGGAUAAUGACGUCUCCUUCUCCCGACCAAUCACAUUUCAGGUACCACCAGACUCUCGACGAAUAGGAGCUCUCGUACAAUGCUCGGCUAAAUUUAUUCCAUCCAAUAGCGAUCGAAAUAGCAAUGGCAAUAAAACUUUAACUAAUCAUAAUCAUAAGAGCAACAGUGAUAAUAAUAAUAAUAAUAAUAAUAGAUGGGGCCAUGUAGUUGUCAAAUGGACCGUGAAUAAAAAUGGCAACGACGUCGAUAAUGAGGCGAAAAAGUACAGAAACAAAAACAAACAAAGAAAUAUAAACGGACAAGGUAAUACAAUCAACAACCAAAGAGAUACAAUGAAAGCCCUCAAAAACGGCAAUGGUGAUGAUGAUAAUGGUAGUGGUGAUAACAACAAGAGUGGUGACGAUAGUGAUGGUGGCAUUCGGAAUGUUAAGAAGAGACGGAAAAGCGGUAAAAAAAUAAAAAAUGAUGAUGACGUUGAUGAUGAUGGUAGUGAUGACGACAACAACAAUGCUGAUGAUAAUAAUGAUAAAGUUGCGGUUGACGAUGAUGAUGAUGAUGAAGAUGAUGAAAAAAAUCAUAAAGCACCCAACGGAAGUUUCCUCCCAAGAGUCAGCCAAUUCAAUGUAACAUGGAAGUACCUUCACAUCAAAAAACGACGUGUCGGUGAUGGUAACAAUGCCGUUAGUUAUGAUAAUGAUGGUGAUGGUUGUGAUAAUGAUGACGGGGAAGAAGAAGGAGAAGGAAGAGGUAGUGAUGACGAUGAUCAAAAGUACGGCGAACUCCGACAGGAAUCGUUCGAAGCUGAUGUCAACCGCUGCACAAUCCCGAUUCUUAAAAAAAGCCAGAUUAUUGACCUCAUAGUUGAGCCCAUCUUCCAUCCAACUGACCACAAAACGUCCACAAAAAACGACGACGAAAUUGAUUCGAUUCCGCCAAAAACCGACUCACUAUCGCCAAAAAACACCCAACACAUCCAAACGCACAUCCCUGGACCCCCCGAGAAGCCGAUAACCUGGAUUAAAGCAAUUAAAGAUAGAGAGUUCGAGAUUGAAUGGGCGGAGCCUGUUUUGCAUGGUGGUGGUCUUAGGGGUUAUCAAUUGUACGUUAACGAUAAGAAGACACAAGAGACUGAGAUAAGCAAUUGGUGA